AACGCUGGUGGUCAAGGUGGUGACCAGAACGGAGGUCAAGGGGGCCAGGGUGGUCAAGGAGGUCAAGGAGGCCGUCGUUUCGGACGCGGCGGUCGCGGUCGUUUCGGAGGCUUCAACGCUGCUUCAGCAGGGGAUGGCGCUGCCAACGGCACAACUACGGACGCAUGA